AUGUCUUUUUCUUUAUACGGAGCACUUCCUCCAUCCAAGUCUGAAAAGGAAGCAGAAAAUACAAAAAAAGAAAAUAAACCAACAAAUAGUGUGUUAGGUGGUCUUUAUUCUUCUUUACCUCCACCAGAAUCAACUACUAUUUCUCAAAAGGAUACAUUGACAAAUGCUCCAACAACAACAGCAACAACAUCAUCAUCGGAAACAACCACAACAACAAAUACAUCUUCAGCAACAACAUCAACAGUAACACCAGGAGGAUGGUCUGCAAUUAAUAAAUUUAGACCAGUUUUACGAAAGCCAGUUAUUCAAGCAAAACCAAAACUAAACAAACCUUUUAUCCCAACGGGUGCAACAGUUGUUUCGACUAAAACUAUCACAAAAGAAGAAAAAGAAAGGGCUCAAUUAGAAGCAGCAAAAGCAAAUGAGCAAAAUAAGGCAAUACCCAGUAAUAUUGAUUUAGGCGCUAUUCCUUUAUUAACCUCUGCGGAUGAUGUCAACGGUUUCCGUGCAGUUCAAAAACCCAAGAAAAAAGGGAAAAAGGGGAAACAACAAGCACAGCCACAACCUAUUGUAUUUAACAUGUUGGAGGAUUAUGAUCCACAUCGACCUAAUGAUUAUGAACAAUAUAAAGAAGAACGAAAAGAGCUUCGUGAAAUGCAAAAGAGAAAGAGAGUUAUGGAAAAGAGGUUUAGUCGUUCAAGAAGUAGAUCUUGGUCAAGGUCUCCUUCAAAAUCAAGAUCUCCUUCACCCUAUUCCCGUUCUCCAAGCCCCGAACCUAUUUCUAAUCCUGCUACAAAUCCAUUAGCUAUAAAGAUAGAUCCAAAUGAAACAGCAGAAGAUGCUUAUAUGCGUAGAUUGAUGAUGAGUCAACAGCAACAACCAAGAGUUGAAGAGACAUCACAUCCUGCUCAUGAUAUCGCCCGUAAAAUACUCGCUAAAUAUGAUUGGCAAGAGGGACAAGGACUUGGACGUGAUGAGAAUGGCAUAAAAGAGCCAUUGGAGGUAAAGCCUAUUGGACCAGGUAUCAGUGCAAUUAUCAAUAAUAGCCAACAGCAGCAACCUAUUGAAGACACCAUAAAUAUUUCCAAUGUAAUUUUACUAACAAAUAUGGUUGGGCCUGGUGAAGUAGAUGAUAUGUUACAAGAGGAAACCGCUGAUGAAUGUUCAAAAUAUGGUAAAGUUGAAAGGUGUCUUAUUUUUGAGGUACCAAAGGGAAAGAUUCCAGAUGAUCGUGCUGUUCGUAUAUUUGUUAAAUUUGCAGAGACAGAAGCUGCACAGAGAGCGGUGAAUGAUUUAAAUGGUCGUUUCUUUGGUGGUAGAGUAGUCCAUGCGUCAUUCUUUGAUAACACUAGAUUUGAUAAGCUAGAUUUAGCUCCAUCAAAGGAAGAAUUGUAUAUGUAG